AACCCUAUAUUUAUGCUAUCUGUUUUCAAAAUAUCCAUAACUGAGCGAGCAAUUUUUUUUUUUGACAAACUUUCGUUAUUAUUUAAUAUUAUUUUGAUGUCCCACACUUUUUUGCGGUAAAUCAAAAUAAACCAAACAAUUGUCUUAUGAAGACCAUUACAUAGUUGUAUUCUACCCUAAGUAAAGUAAUAAAUUUAAUAAUUAAAUUAAAUUGAAAUAAAAUCAUUAAAAAUAAUACUAUAUUUGGGUUUAUCAGUUUCAACCGAACAAGCUGAUUGGAUUGCAAUCGCCUGGUGAAUAAUUCUGUCAGGGCUAGGCGUCCAUGGAAUUAAUUAAAACGCAGUUAAAACAGCUGCCGGUGUCAUACUCCAGAAAAGGUAGCUGUUUCGCUCACUGGAGCGGCGAGUUAUUGUUUUUGUCUGGCAAUUGCCGCCAACUCAUGAAGUCUGCCGAGACAAUGACUGAGUGAGUUGAACUUGAGCGUUGAUUGCAAAUUGCUAAAUUCUGAAUUAAUUAAACCGAGUAAAUUGAAAUACUUGCAAUUAAGGUAGGCGAGAGCAAUAGAGAUAGAGACUGGAGGCGAAUAGCAAAUAAUGAUAAUGUGAUCGAAGGCAACGAGCUGCUAAAAUGUCAGAGCGAUUAGAUAACGCAGCAGUCAAAUGAGUAUUCUUGUAAUUCGCUGAAAAACCGAGUGCAGUUUCGGUGACGCCACCAAAUAGGGGACGUGCGGAACAGGUUGGUUGAUGAGUCGUUUUUUCGCGUCUAUUUUUUGCCAGCCACAGAGUCUGGUGACACGAAAAGCGGCGUCACCGCAAACAAUACCGACCAACGUGAGUUGCACUGCGAUCACAUAAUGACGAGUUUCAUUACUUUUGAAGAAUGCACUCUGCUUUAAUUCAAACGUUUCAUGAUCGUUGUAAUUUCGAAUUUAACUCAAGUGGAGGUUCACUGUCUCUUGUGCACCGAUUAAUUAAAUGCAAAAGAUUUAAAAGGGCGUCGUGUCGUCGGCCGAGAUCAAACUCAGCGGCGAACAAAGGAAAAGAGGGAAGUAGUAUACUAUACAACGUGAACCAGUUGCCUUUAUGAACCGUUUCGUUUCAUAUUACAAUGUAGUGCUCAUAGGGGGGAAAAAUUCGCGCCUGGCGUACCCAAGAAAAUAAUUCGCGCCUCGGCCGUUCAUGUGGUGCUCAUAAGAAUCGCGCCCCUGGCGUACCCAAGAAAAAAAUUUGCGCCCCGGCAGCCAAGUUGCGCCACUUCUCCUACCGCCUGUUGGUUUUUGCGCUUGAGGAAAAAUUUCCAUGCGUGCCUCGCAUGGCGCGAUGCUGAUUUAUUUAUCGUCUCAUAGCAGUACAAGUUACAAAAAAAUUGAGCAGUGUAUUUAACUACUGGGUGCAAGCAAGGAAAAAUUUUCAUGCGCGCCAAGCGUGCGCGUGGCUGCUUCCUUCUUCGUCUCCUAGCGGGCAGCUACUGACUAAAAAUUGAAACAUAGAGAGUGCGGGGUUCCAGCGAGAUAAAUUUUACUCUCACUCCGGCGCGAUGCUGUUCGUUUUUUUAUUCUUCAUCUCCAAGCGUUGGCUACAUAGAAAUUGGGCAAGGGCUUGGGAAAGCAUUGAUGCAUUUUAACUGGGUGCGCGCAAAGAAAAAUUUUAAACAGGGUAAGCCUGCUGCUGCUUUUUUUAUUUUUCGUCUCAUAGCAGUCAGCUGCUGGUUCGAUUAAACAUGUGUUAAGUGCAUGGGUUGCCCGCGGAAAAAUUGCACUCGCGCUCUGGAUGCUGUACGUUUAAUUUUUUCGUCUCCGAACCCAGAGCACGAGAAUAAAAUGCGGGUGCUACUGCAGCUCAAGAAGGCUUUUCUAUAACGUGUAAAAACAUCAAGCAAAAAAAAUUAUGAGAGGUUGUGCGUGCUGCAACGUGAGAUGAAAAACCACGUGAAGUCUUCUGAGAAGAGCGCAUAGUUAAGAGUGUUAUUUCUAAAAAAUCAGCACAAGUAAAAUGUAAGGUCCGACCAUAAUUGUGCGGCGUAUUAAAAAAAACGCUAGUGAAAUAAACGAGGGAUAUUCAUCGACGAUAAAAUAAAAUAAAAAGGAGAGGUAAAAUAAAAUUAGAUAGCAAAGGGAAAUAAACUUGGUAAGAAAAUAACUGAAAAUUUGAAUUUACUCUGGGCAGUUGAAAAUACGUAAAUAAAUAAUUGCUCUGGUUUAAAAAUUUAUAAUAAUUCACAUAGAGGCAGAGACCUCUGCAUUAAUUGGAAUGUCCGCGGUUAUUACAUAUGUGACGAUCAGUUUCAAUCUUGGAGUCGAGCAAUGAACAGGGGUGUUGUGUGAGCAGCGUGUGCAUAUUUAAAAAAAUGGACCAAGAAGAAAACGGCGGCGCUGAUUCUGCGGCGACGGCGGCUCCGCAGCAAGAGCGAGAAAACGUGAGCAAAUUUUAAGCUAUAGAAAGCAUGGCAAGUUGCACAGGAAAAUUUUUCUCACAGCUUUCGGAGAAAAUUUAAUUUUUUUACUUACGCACGCAGCAUUUGUUAAAUUGAAUUGCUAAACCAACUGUUGUCGCAGCGAGACGCGGUGACGGAGGCGGAGCUAGCAGUGCAGUCAAUCCUUUGCGAAUUUUCGGAUUCGCAGCCCUCAAGGAGUAGUGCGCAGUACGAAUUAAUAAACGAGCUUUAUGACUUUCCGAGUACUUCUCAAGAUUGUCCGAGCAUGCCUAUACUGGACGAAUUGAUGGAAAGUGUGGUAAAAGUAGAGCAGGUCGAAAGUGGUGUUCAGUCGAGCGAGGAAGGAGAAACAAGCUCAACUUCAAGCGUCAGCAGCAGCGGCCAGAGCAAAGAUGAUGAAGAAAAGGCGAGUCAAGAAAAUGAGCGCGAUUGCGAUGCAGGGACGAGUGGCCUACCGCUGAUAAAGAAAUCAGAUGAUAUAAUUAAUGUGACGAAAAAGGACGAGGGUGGCAAAAAGUUGGUUAAGGUUCUGAAGAGGGGUUUCUUCGAGAAUAAAAUAGCGAAGGAGAUAGAAAAACGCCCAACUAAGAAAACUCAAGGGGCUGCUCAGCCGCGCAAAAUAAAGGGACUUCAUGCUGCUCGAAAAUUGGAAAUUGAAAAAUUCGACGAGAAGCUUGAAUUAUUAAAAGCGGACAGCCAAUCUGCUCUUGAAACUCACGAAGAGCUUAACAAGAAAUUUUACAGCCAUUGCACAGAAGUUAAUGAAUUGCAAAAGCAGAUCGACGCACUUAUUGAGAAAAAGACAAUUUUGGAGUCUGCGGGAGCAAAAAUUGAAGAAGACCGAAAAAAAUACGGUUUGCUCUGGUCGUCUAAGGUCGACUCAUGCAAAAAACUGGAAAUUAAACAAUCAUUGGCUCAAAAAGCUUUUGAAGAGGAACUUCAGCAAACUAAAGAAGAUUUUGCCAUGCGCAUCGAAGCAGAUGCACGAAUGCGCGAUGACUUAAUUGAAAAGCUUUCUGCUUCUUUGCGAAUAGCGGAGAUGCGUGAAAAAGCUAAGCAGAGAAAUAACGAAGACGCCGCUGGGCGCACCCAAGAGAGUGAAAAUAUGGAUGAGCAUCCAAUGGAAAUUUUACAAGCUGACGCGAAAGAGGCGGGGCAAAGUACUGAAGUGCAAAAUAUGGAGGAGCAGCCAAUGGAAAUUUUGCAAGUUGUCGAGAAAAAGGCAGAGCACAGUGCUGAAAUGCGAAAUAACCUUAAUGAGAGUGCCACUGGUGAAGCUCGCAUGCAGAAAAAAGCUGCAAAACGCAAAAGCCACACAGUGAAGGAAAAUAAAACGGGCAAGAAAACCAAAAUGGUGGAGGCAGCGGUGCCACGGCCGAGCAGCGAGUACGAUUGCGAGACUGCGGCAGCGACCCUUUACGAAGGUCCACUGCGCAAAUUGCUUUGCGUGAAUGAAGAUGUUUCAAAGAAAUUACUUGACCUGGACCAAAUAUACAACGGCACGGCACUCGGCAACGACAUAAUUAUGUGUAUGAAGGUCCAGCAGGCUCAGCAGAAAAAGCGAAAAAAAUUAAAGGAACUUAUAAACAAAAUAAUUGGUGUGAAAUCAGAACAACUCACUGAGAUUGAAAAACCCGAUGCAUUUGGUUUUUCGGAGCGUCAAAUCAAAAACAGCGGCCUCGCGAAAUCAGCCACUAAAAAUAGUGAGAUGAGAAGUGAUUUGCGCCACCUCUACACAGAGUUGAGGAUUGUGGUGCACGACUUCGACAGGCGCUACACGGCCAUUCUUGCUAAAACUCGAAAGGAAGAUGAAAAGCAUAAGCAAAAUGAAGUAGUUCGCAAAUUGUUCAGUCCAAAUUGAAAAUAAAUUAUCCACUUGGGAAAGGAGGCUGAAUGACGUCUGGAGUUAUAGCCGAUUGCAAAAUAGAUCGACAUUACUUUAAGUGUAUUAACAUCUAACCUUGU